AUGUCGGCCCUAGCGGUCAAUAACUCUCCUUUUCAACUUCUCCUUCACGACAUCGGAAAGGAAUUGAAGUUAAGUGAUGUUCGUUACAUGAAAUAUCUUCUUCAAGGCCAUGUUAACAAGGAGACUUUAGAACAUCUUGACUCGGGACAGGAGCUCACGAGGGUUCUCCAAAAAAGAGGCUUGGUUUCAGAGAAGAAAUUAGCGUUUAUGAGAAAGCUCUUAAUUGAGGCCAAGUGUUUAAAGCAGGUGAACUUAGUGGACGAAUUCAGGGAAAAGUUCAAUUCUGUUUCUAUAGUCGGUAAGUGACAAGUUUUAAUUGAUGUCAUUACAUUCUUUAACAACUAGCCUGUUUGUCAGGUCGGAGCACUGUCAGAGGGUGGAAAAAAUCUCGCCUUUUAUUCGCGUUUACUGCAGAAUUUGAUUUCAGGAAAUCCAGAAAAUAAAAGAGCGUGGUGAUUAGUGUUUAGACUGAAAUGAUUACCGCUUGAAGCUAAAUAUAUUUAUCUACUGUAAUCUUCUUAUUGAAGGUGAUGUGACGCGUGCAGCUCUGUAGAGUAAAUUGCAUCUUCGUUGACGCCUUAGCUGCUAAAUUAAUCACCAACAUGGUUAUUUAUUUUCCUUUUCCCCCCAAAUAUGCUUUUAAAUUGUUUCUGUUACUCGGCUGCUGUUUGUUUGCUUUUUGACAAACAUCACUUGUCAAGGCAGAAACUCAGUUUGAAAGCCGCAUAAUAAAAGUUUUCCAGACUUCCAGUUUCCAAUUUGCCUACAAAGUAACCGCACUUGUUAAGUUUAGAAUACUCCAAAUUCUUUAUUAUGCCAUCGGUAAAGAUCAGUUACACGUGUGUUUGUUCAUUUGUCUGUCGUGCCUCGCAUCAGUCUGUAGUCCUUUGUUAUCAAAUAUCAUCAUUGUCAUUAUUAUUAUUACAACCAUUAUCGUCUUCACCAUCAUCAUCAUUAUCAUCAUCAGAUUACAAUUAAUGCCCGAAAGUAUCACUCCAGAAAAACUGUCCACAACCUUCAAAUUCUCAGGAGCUUAUAAACCGGGAGUGUCCAAUUCCCAUACUUAGCCUAUGCAACGGCGUUUUCACAGAUCAAUUUUUUUAAGAAUGAUUUCGAGCACUUUUUCUCUCGAAAAUGGGAGCGAAAAUGGAAGCAUCGUCCCGUACAAAGAAGAAGAAGUAAAUACUAUCAAAAUACUAGAUACAGUCAACUCUCUCCAAGGCAGACACCUUUGGGACCGGCACUAAGUGUCCGUCUUAGUGAGAUGUCCGUCUUAUAGAGAGUCAAAUAAAGAGAAUAAACAAAGGCAGGGACCAACUCUAGGUGUCCGUUUUACAGAGGUGUCCGUUAAGAGAGAGUCGAUCGACUGUAUACUUUUUUUUCUCGGCUAGUCUCCGGUAUUUGAUGACUGAUUUGUAAGAGUUAUUUGAUAGUCAAAAUUCGCGGGAAAAUCGAUCUAAUAAUAAGCUGGUCUGUGUAAACACCGUUGCACAAGCACAAGGGAGUCAGGCUCACUCCGCCUUAUGGGCUCCUGUAUUCUAUAGUUUUUUGUUCUAUCAGGUUUCUCUUGAUUUGCCUGGUUAUGUUAGUCAAGUUCACUCCAUUGAUUAAAGUGUGUUAUUUUAAAACUUCUCCUUAGGUGAACGACAGCAGAGCAAUAGAGCAUCCAGAUUGAACAACAGGCGUGAAACACUUCUACGCAUGAUCGAAAGUCUGGAAAAUGAAAUUAAAGUGUGUGAAGAUGCCGAAACAGAAUUUUCCAAUCAGAUUAAAGAAUGCGAAGUGCAAAUCCAUGCCAACAACCAAAACCUGGUCGGAGUUGAGGAUGCGAUUCAAAACUUAAAAAAUAACAUUGUUGAAUAUGAGGCCGAUAUAGAAUCGUUUGAGAGAAAAUUGGAGACUGUACGUUUCUUCAUGAAAAAACGACAAGUGGAAUUUGACAAAGUCAAACAGAAACUUGAUGCAAACCAAAACAGUGCAAGCAUCAAAAAAGAAUUGAAAGAAAGGCAAGAAGAAUAUGAAAAUUCCAAGAGGAGCGAGGAUGAGCUUAUCGCGAAACAUCAACACGCUUUGGACAUGGUAAGAACAACGCAUGUGGAGAUCAGACACAAAACACAGGACGCAAUUAAUCUUGAAGAUGACAUAUACGACUUGUUGAUGCAGGUACGAGUGCUUAAACAAAGCACGAGAAAACAUCAGAGGACUUCAACGGAGUUACAAGAAAGACUUGAGAAUCUUUCGCUUGAGCUUGAAGACACAAGGCGUUUGAAACCCUUGACUCCUUUCUCGAGACCCAGGACUGAAUUUUCGUUACGCUGUGAAACUGCCAACGAGCCACAAACAACAAGAAGACUGGAGUAUAAGGUAUGUAACAGAUCACAAAGAACUGAAAGAAAGAGAGCGCGGAUAUAUACGACACUUGAACUGGAAAUCCCAAACCUAACUUCAUGUUAUGAAGUGAUAUGACUUUAUCGCAUUGUUAGUUAAAGUAAGUAGGACACAGUUUGGUGGGGUGAUUCUGAUCAGUCCCCCCCCGUACCACUGUGACCACCCAAUAUUCAAAAAGGAGAUGCGACUAUUUAUCUUUGACAUUUUUCCUAGUUUUACUUAGUCUUACAUUUUUAUUUCUUUACUUUUUGCUAUCUUUUCUAUAUUGUAAAGGUUUUAGACUACGAAGAGGUUACAGAACGAGAAUCAAGGGUAGUUGGCCGAAAAGGGAAACGUGUAAGUCCACCCCAAUUCCAGUUUCCUGUGAGCGUUGCCGUUGAUAGACUAGGAAAUGUUUACGUGGCUGAUUAUGGCAACGCGCGUGUUCAAAUCCUGGAUCUAGAUGGUCAUGUGACACGGGAACCACUUAACAUAGGCGGGAAAUGUCGACCAUGCGCCCUGGCGGUCAGUCUGAGAGGAGACCUGGUAAUGACCGACUCACAGAUUUUAAGGGUGUUUAGCAAAGCUGGUAAGUAGGUUGUUGUCGUUGUUUAGUAGAAAAGAGUUCAGACGCACAGAAAUGGUUGGGAGCAUAUAACCAUGAAUGUGAAACGUUAUUUCUUUUCCAGCCAUGCAGGUUAUACUUUUUCUCUCCUCAGUCUCACUCGAGUGCGAUUCAUCCCUUAGACCGCAGAACAUAGUUGCUCAUGAUUGAACUUGUAGCAUUGGGAAACCCUGGAUGAUAGAGGAUUGAAAAAAGAACAACUCUCAAGAAAAUCUGUUGUGAAUUUUUAGAACCAAGAACGAGAAGUCCAAAGACUACUGAAAAGCUGAUUUAAAACAACGUGUAUUGUUUUUUAUAACAAUAUUUCGGCUGGCCAUACCAGCCUUCUUCAGGUUUACAGAUGUUACUGAACUUAUGUGGCAAUAACAAUAUUAUAUAGAUGGAGAAUGUCGCAAUAAAAGGGAGAGGCGGAAAUGACGUACAACAUAAAAAUACUAAGGAUAUGGAUUACAAUAAUUCGUCACGGCCGUUUAGGCCAUGAGGUUCAAGAGUCAUUGCCUUAUCUAUCAAAUGCGACUCCCUGGCCUUACGAACUGAGUCACUUGAAGAAUGAAUUUUCUCUAGUGGGAUUAACUGCAUGUCAGAAUGAGAAUGGUUAGAGUGAGAGAGAAAGUGUUCAGAAACAGUAGUGGGUUUAGAUUUAAUGUUAGUUUUGUUGACUGCACGUCUGUGUUCGUGUGAAUUUUUAGCUCAAUCGCUGUAAGUGCGCUACUAGCUAUGCUCUUUCAGAAGUGACGAGACUUCGCAGAUAGAGGGAUUGUAGAAAAACUAAACGGAGUGUAAGAGAUUCAGUACAAGCCCCUUGUAAAUUCAUGGUCACCAGUAGCUGUGGGCGAUACUGCAGUAUGGCUUUGCGCAUGUGUGUAAUACUGACCUCCCAGAUCAGUUGAGAUCAGAACAAACAGUAUUUUUUAUUAUUUCUUCUUACAGGUGAACUUCUUCGACCAAUUUUACCCGUCUACAGUAAGAACGACAAACGACCAGAGCUGAGCGCUGUUGCAUUUGAUAUCCAGGGAAAUAUCUACGCUGCUGACAAAGCGAAUAACAGGAUACAAAAGUUUACUUUCGAUGGGAACUUUCUAUACUUUAUCGGUGGACUACACGACUUACACUGCCCCAUGGGAAUUGUUGUUAAGAGAAACGGUGAAGUCAUCGUAACCGAAUACGAGAAUCACCGAAUCAAAGUGUUUAGCCAAGAGAACCUAGGACAGAGUAUUACGAUUGGCGCGGUGGGGUGGGGUCGGGAAAGUUUUCUUGCCCAAGGGGAGUGGCACUUGAUCAGCAUGACAACAUCGUGGUAG